AACGGCAUGGCGUCGUUUGCGAAUAUGUUGCAUGUGAUGGUGGAACAAAUUCGUUGAUUUUGUAAAAGACAGCUACUUUCAAACUGUUUUUACACCCAAAGGGUGCAGUCGUUAAUCCUGUAAGACUCUUUUGAGUUUUGGGGUUGCUUUGUACCACUGAUACGCGUAUUAGUGCAUGUAGACUUCAACCACUUGCAGUGUUUUGAUUUUGAAAUAGACUCUCGCAUUCAAAACAAUGUCUGCGUCUUCGUCAGAAUCACAAACGGAGUUCAGUUCAGUUCUUGAUGAAUGGAACAGGGAUCACAACAACAACACGGGUCAACUGCCAAGACUGAAAAGACUGGCAGAGUUGGUAGAAAAGGAAACUGAAGCAUACUUCAAGAUGGAUCCAGAUCCUUUUGAUGACCGACAUCCAGGCAAAACAAAUCCAACAUGUGCUCUAGGUCAUCUUAUGAAGACUUUGUUUAAGAAUGAAGACUUCAUGAAUGAGUUGGUUGGCUCGUAUCUGAUGAACCCAAGUGAAAACAACCAGGAUCUCCACACUGCAGCCUGCCGCCUCUUGCUGGAUGUGAUGCCAGGCAUGGAGGCAUCGGUCGUCUUCCAGGACACGGAGGGCCUUGUGGACCGACUGUUUGGCUGGGCUGAGAAUGGCCCUGAGCCCCUGCGGUCCUAUGCUACAGGACUGUUGGCUGGAGCCAUGGAGAUUCAGGAUGUUGCUUCUGCAAAUAAGGAGAAAAACUAUGCUAUGGUCCCCCUCAUGCUGAAGAGGCUUCAUGAACUGAGGAAGAAACAGGUUCAGGAGGAGUCUGAGAACGUACAUCCAUCAGUAGGUGAUCGGCCAUUCUCCAUGUUCGGGGAGGUGUCACCAACGAAAGGUACACCCUCAAAUGAAAGCAUCAGCCACACCAAUUCAGCAGCAGAUAAGUCAUCAGAGGAGGUCGAGAAAGAGAAGCGAGAUGAACGAAGACGGAAGAUGAAGCGAGCUCUCUCUCCCAGCUACUAUAGUGAAGACCUGUACAGGCUCACGUCUACACAGAAGAGAGCUCGGUAUCAGGCAUUUGGAAAUCCUGACCUGGAGUGCAGCAACAGCAGCUGGGCGGAGCUGGAGCCGUACGUUAUCGGCUCGUAUUCCAUGUCCCCUCUCACGGCUGGGAUGAAGCAGAGGAUGAUCCUGCAGUAUCUUAUCCCCAUGGGGGAAUAUCAGGAGCUGCUGGGAGCAGCGUUUGAGCAUAAUGCCUUGAAUCUUAUUCUGUACUACAUCAAUUUGAAGGAAAACAAAGAUGUGCGACUAGCCUUCGAAGCUCUCAAGUACCUCGCUACACUGCUCUGUCACAAGAAGUUUGCUAUCGAGUUCCUGUCAGUCGGCGGUGUUGGGAAGCUGCUAGAGGUGUAUCGGCCGUCCAUCGCCGCCACAGGGGUGUCACUCUGUCUGUACUACCUGUCCUACUUCGAGGAUGCAAUGGAAAGGGUGUGUUUGUUACCUGAACACAUCCUGUCAGAUCUUGUUGGGUAUGUCAUGUGGCUGAUGGAGUGUUCCCAUGACUCAAGCCGUUGCCAUGCUGCCAUGUUCUUCACUCAAGCCUUCCCAUUCCGAGUCAUCAUGGAGCUGUUUGACCAGAAGGACGGAUUGCGCAGACUCUUCAAUGUGAUCAGCACCCUGGAGAUCCUCAAUGUGGAGGACGAGGUGGACAUCAUGAACGAGGGCCACAUAUUCACGAUGAGACAAACGGCGAGGCACGUGUGUUCCGCUCUCAAGAGAUACUUCGAGGCCCACCUGGCGGUAAAGGCUGACGAGAUCCGGCGAUCUCACCUCCGGAAUGAUGGGAGCAGCUCUCUGCAAGAAACACCUGCUUAUAAGCCACUCAAGUUGACUCCUGAAGUCAUCCAGGAUAACAUGGAGCUGUUGAUGGAGUUGCUUCCCCUGCGCACACACUGGGUGCCUGAAGCCACGUUUCACAGACUAGGGGGAAUCCAGCUCCUUAUACAACUGGUUGCCAUGGCACCUGAUUGGAACAACUCUCCUGGGAAACCAGAGACAAUCAAGAGUGCCCUGGACGUGAUCUCCCUGUGCAUGGUGACCCCCAAGUCCCAGCUGCUGCUACUGGACUCCAUCUCCCUCCCAGACAACAUGUCCACCCCCGCCAUCAGACAGCUGCUUCUUGGCCUGGACCCCGCCUCUCUACACAACAACAAGAUAACGCCAGCUGUAAGUGUAAUCAUUGGUCUAGCAGAGGGCGAGAUUCUUGCCGAUCCCGAAGUCCAGAAGUCUGCGCUAGGAGUGCUGGUCAACUGUGUGUGUGGACCAAUAGAGAGGCUUGGUGGAGGUGUUGGGAGGUUCAUGGGUGCUGGGUCGAAGAAGAAGGUCAACUGGAAGAUUGGCGAGGACACGAUGAGUCGGAUGUGGAAUGGUGUGCGCACCAACAAUGGUAUAAUGGUGUUGCUGAAGCUGCUGACCAUCAAGACGCCCAUCACAGAUGCAGAUGCUAUCCGAGCCUUGGCUUGCAGGGCUCUUGUUGGGUUGUCCAGAUCUGAAACAGUUCGUCAGAUUAUCAGCAAACUUCCUCUCUUCCAAAAUGGAACUCUUCAAUCUCUGAUGAAGGAACCCGUUCUCCAGGACAAGAGACAAGAACAUAUCAAGUUCUGCCGGUACGCCAGUGAUCUCCUGGAACGUGUAUCCGGCAAGCGUUCCAACACACUUGAUGCUUCUCUUGAAGACAUCAGAAAGGCAGACAUUGUGGCCCAGACUAAGAUAAUCUUCCAUGAGCGGGAGCUGCUGCAGUUAAUACAUGAUCAUCUGUUGGCUAAAGGUUUCUUGGAUGCAGCAUCGAGCCUGCAGAAACAAGCCAGUCUGCCACACUGUUCCACCCCGCCACUGGUGAUCCCGACCAGCACCCACAUCUUCUCCUCACCAUCCACACCCAGACUCUCUCGUCAACUAAGUCAGACUCAUUCCGCCCACAGCCUGGGGUCCACGACUCCCACAGCAUCUAGUCACAGUCUGACGUCUAUACGAGACAGUCCCCCCACAGCCCCCACGCCCACCACAUCCAGUCCCGGGCCCAUCCGCUUCUCACUCACACGGCAACCACCAACUCCGUCUACAUCAGCAGCAUCAGCAUCUACGCACAGGAUUGCAAAGACCAGCAAGUUUCUUCGAGAGAAGGACAGCCAGACACCCAGUUCUGUUCGGUUAAAAACGUCCAGCAAGACGGGGGGAGAGUAUGACAUCUCUCUCAACAAGAUUGUCACAGAAUACCUCAGGAAACAGCAUGCACUGUGUCGGAACCCGGUUGUCACAUGUCCCCCCAUGUCCUUGUUCAUACCUCAUCGAUGCCCAGAACCAAAGGGUCGUACGAGUGCGCCGCCUUGUAUUACAUCCAGACUCAGGAAAAGAGAAAUUUGUCCCCGAUUCGGUGGCAUGGAUGGAGCCCGGUGCAACAGGAAGUACAUCUACAGCAGGUUCCGGCCGGUGAGGACAUAUCGAGACGGGGAUGAAGAUGGCUUUGCUUGUUGUGCCUUUAGUUCUGAUGAAAAGUACUUGUUGCUGGGGACAUUCUCUGGAGAUGUGAAACUAUCAAGCAAGUUAACAGGCGAGCAAGUGGAUACACUCACCUGCCACACGUCCCCCAUCAUCCACCUUGAGCCUUCCAGGGAUGGUAAGCUCCUGUUGACGUCAACGUGGGGAACGAUGCAAGACUCAUCUCUGUGGGGCUUCGGCGAAUCAUUGGAGAACAAAUUCACAUUUGACGAUCACUAUGCAGAGUUCAGUAACGUUUUACAAGAGAGAAUUAUAGGCACAAAGGAUGAAACAGCACAUAUCUACGACACCCUCACAGGGCAGAAUGUUGUCACGUUGUUCGACGCGGAUAAAGCCAACAACUACAAGGCCAACGCAGCGACCUUCAGCCCCACAGACGACCUUGUCCUCAAUGAUGGGGUGCUGUGGGAUGUCCGAACAAGUCGAACCAUUCACAAGUUUGACAAGUUCAACUCCUACAUCAGCGGCGUCUUCCACCCCAUGGGCCUGGAAAUCAUCAUCAACUCGGAAGUUUGGGACAUCCGGACCUUCCACCUGUUGAACACAGUACCAGCUCUUGACCAGUGCCAGAUCAAGUUCAAUCACUCCGGAGAUGUCAUAUAUGCAACAAGAGUGGAUGAGGACCCAGAUAAUCCCGAAGACCGCUACAGGACUCCGUACGGAUCGACACUGCGCACGUUCGACGCCACAGACUACAGCAGUAUCGGUACCAUGGACUUGAAAACCAAGAGCAUCUUCGACCUGUGCACAGACAAAUCAGACUGCUACCUAGCUGUUGUGGAGAAUCAGCAGUUUUCGGAGGUCACAGGUGAGGAGAGUGUGUGUCGGCUGUACGAGAUGGGCAAGCUGAGAGAUGAAGAGGAUGAUCAGCAGGAGGAAGAGGAGGAGGAGGAAGAAGAGGAGGAUGGAGGUGACGACGAUGAUGAUGAUGAUGACGAUGAUGAUGAAGAUCUUAAUAUUGACCUAGGUGAUCUUGGAUCAGAUCUAGAUCUUGAUGAUCUUAUUGACGAUGAGGAAGAAAAUGAAGAAGCAGAAGAAGCGGAGCCAGAGGAGUACAGCAUUGCCAGCGAUGAUGACGAUGAUGAUGACAAUGAUGGUGAUGUUGACAUUGAUGACGAUGCACUGUUUGAGCUGGUGUAAACAACUGAACUCAAAGUGUUAAAGAUGCUAGUCAGUGCUUGCAAUGUCUCCACGCGACCAGGGAUGGGGAAUACUACCGGGUACCCACAGUGCUGCUUGGUUAAGUGUUGGUAGAAAUGCAUUGAUGAUGAGAGGGCAUCCGUUAAGAAAGCCAUUACUGUGGUGCAAAUGUCAGCAGCUCACUGCCAUACAUGUGUAGCAGAAUACCUCAGCAUUUCUAUGUGAGAAAAUUAAAAAUCAUUUUAAUAUUGUUUUUAAUUUGAUACUUUAUACCUAAUUGGUAUGUACCACUUGCAUUACUUGGACAUGUACACACGAUGUGUGACUGAUGUGUAUCUCGACUUCCUAUGCAAUGAUACAAGAGACUAAUUAGAGACAAAAAAAAUCUAAACACCUUUAAACAUACAAAAUAAAGUUCGUAAUUAAGCAUGAAAGUCUCGGGUAGAAGAUGUUUUCUUGCUAAAAAAAAUAGGCUAGCCACGGACUUUUCAAAAAUCUUUGCUUGAGAAUGUUUGUACAACUAGAGCCUCUUAUAAGGAAGGUAUCCAUACAUGUAGAGUACAAGAUAUUGAUACCGUGUUUCCUUGGUCAGACCUGGAACUUCAGUGCAAGAUAGAUGUUUGUUGGGGGAUUGCAUCAGAAUGUCUGCUGAGACCCUGGAGACUGACUGGUUGGAUCGGUUUAUUGCGUGGAACAAUCAUAUAUGUAAAUAGAGAGAGAAUGGAAUCAAGGUCGCUAUACUUGAAACUGCCAUUCAACAUAUAGUCAGGAUUACAGUGUUCCAGGGACUUGACUCUUGUGUUUCAGCCAUAUAGAACUGUACUUGUGUUCUCCAUAUUACAAUGUAGUGUUUCAGCUAGAAAAUGACAGCCUGAGCAAAAGUUUAAUCAAUGAAUUUGUCAAAUUUGUGGUUCAAACGCAUUAUUGUUACCAGGGGAGGUAACUGUGACUGACCAUUCUAUUUUUGUGUGACAGGCAAAGUUGAGGCAUCUGACCUCCAUGUUUAAGGGUGACCUCAUUAAUUGAUUAUGGUUGAGAAAGUUUUCUCAGGGUCCAAUUCACUGCCAUACAUGCGAUACUAGCAUGCAGAUUUUAGUUACAGUAAGUUCAAUUUUGAAAUGUGAAAGUGCAAUCAAGACAGCAUAACACUUGACAGGUGGAGGCUUAACAUUUGCCUCAGAGCUACUGACUCUCAGAGCCGUUUUCUGUUGACCUUAGCUGGGCACAAAUAUCUCAUUGUUCAUGGGUUCAUUUUUACGUUGACCCUAGGAAGUUAUGGUGGCUUCUGCGAGCCUCUGAAGCCGCGGUAACUUCGCUGUGGUACAAUGCUGCAUGUGAUAAUGUUCAUGUUUCAAGUUGUGUCCUCUCUGUAAAUUAUCUAUGUUAAAACAAUGUAAAUACCUGUUACCUUUAGUUCUUUUAAAUAUGGUUUGUCUCAUUUUAUCCAUUAUAUAAUUAAAACAAAUGUUAACAAUGGUAGUGUCGUCACGGACAUGUUGAAUGUUAUGCACUGGGUCCUAUCAAUCUGAUCACCAUUUAGGAUGUUUUGAGUUGCCAAACCUUUAACCAAACUUUGCUCAAGCAUAUUUACUUGACAUUGUUUGAUGUCAGGAAUUUCUUAAUUUGAUGUGUCAAUUGUUGAUGUCCUUCAUAACUUCUUUGAAAGGCAUUUAGAAGUUGAGUACUACGUAAGGAUAACUUCUUUUUCACAAUUAGGAGCAACAUUUUGGUGUCUGUUCUUCGCUUGCUUGAUGACGGUGUUAGUACGUACACUAAAACGUCCCUCCUAAUUGUAAUAAAGAAGUUGUUCAUCCAUAUAUCUUAUCCUUACUUAGAUGUCCUUCUUGUUUUUUCAUCAAGUCUGCAAAUCUCUAUUUCACUUCACAGGUGCUUCUAAAAUUUUCUCUGCUCUCAUUUUUGUAUAUUUUUCCAAUGUGUAACAAAACUUUCUAUCGAGCAGUUUGAUACUCCCAAGUGCUAAGCAAAUUUGAUACUCCCAAGUGCUGAGCAAAUUUGAUACUCUCAAGUGUAUUCCAUGCCAACAUAAUUAGUCUGGGUUGAAUAUUU